AUCGAUUGCUCUGUUGCUGUCGUCUGUCUGUUCCUGCUACCCGGUUGGCGUGUUGUAUGAGGCCAAAGUAGUGAUUUUAUUGUGCGCACCGCUGCUUGUGAGCGCGGUACAGCAGGUAUGAGCUUUACUGUGACUGUCAGAUGCGCACGGAGGGCCAUUGGGACCCGGUGGCUGCUCGUGCUCGUCAGCCUCUGUGUGUGCGUGUGUGUUUGUCGAGCAGCAUCACCUCAGGAGGAGGAGGACAGUGCCAUGGAGAACAUCGUUACGGAGAAAAGGGCAGAGGAGAGCCACAGACAGGACAGCGCAGACCUGCUCAUCUUCAUCCUCCUCCUCACCCUCACUAUCCUCACCAUCUGGCUCUUCAAACACCGCCGCUUCAGGUUCCUCCAUGAAACUGGGUUGGCCAUGAUUUAUGGGCUACUGGUUGGUGUGGUCUUGCGGUAUGGCAUCCAUAUGCCCCGAGAUGGUACCAAUGUUAUUUUGAACUGUAAUGUUAAUGCCAGCCCUGCCACUGUCCUCAUCAAUGUCAGCGGAAAGUUCUAUGAGUACACUCUGAAAAGAGUGAUCACUUCCAAUGGCAACAAAGUGGAUGAUAUGUCAGACAAUGAGAAUGAGAUGCUGCACAAGGUGACCUUUGACCCUGAAGUGUUCUUCAAUAUUCUUCUUCCACCAAUCAUUUUUCACGCUGGUUACAGUCUUAAAAGGAGGCACUUCUUUCGAAAUAUGGGAUCCAUUUUGGCAUAUGCCUUUUUGGGGACAGUAAUUUCUGCAUUCAUCAUUGGUUUGCUGAUGUAUGGCACUGUGACACUCAUGAAGCAUGUUGGACACCUGGCGGGCGAGUUCUUCUUUACUGACUGCCUCUUCUUUGGGGCCAUUGUCUCAGCCACAGACCCUGUGACUGUCCUGGCCAUCUUCCAUGAGCUGCAGGUUGAUGCAGAUCUUUAUGCGUUACUGUUUGGAGAGAGUGUGCUCAAUGAUGCUGUAGCUGUUGUCCUUUCUUCAUCCAUAGUAGCAUAUCAGCCAGCAGGCGACAAUAGCCAUACCUUUGAGGGGAUGGCUCUGCUCAAAUCUUUCGGGAUGUUUCUGGGAGUCUUCAGUGGAUCUUUCUCUCUGGGAGUGGCCACUGGAAUUGUCACAGCUCUUGUUACAAAGUUCACAAAGCUGAGGGAUUUCCAACUGCUGGAGACGGCCCUGUUCUUCCUCAUGUCUUGGAGUACAUUCCUUUUAGCCGAGGCCUGUGGAUUUACAGGUGUUGUAGCUGUGCUGUUCUGUGGGAUCACUCAGGCCCAUUACACCUUCAACAAUCUCUCUCCUGAGUCCCAGGACAGGACCAAGCAGCUUUUUGAGUUACUCAAUUUCCUGGCAGAGAACUUCAUUUUCUCUUACAUGGGUCUGACCCUGUUCACCUUCCACAACCAUGUCUUCAAUCCAAUGUUCAUCGUUGGAGCUUUUUUGGCUGUGUUCCUGGGAAGAGCUGCUAACAUCUACCCACUAUCUUUGCUGCUUAAUCUGGGCAGACGUCAUAAGAUCAGAUCCAACUUUCAGCACAUGAUGAUGUUUGCAGGCCUGCGAGGAGCCAUGACGUUUGCUCUGUCCAUCAGGGACACGGCCACAUACGCUCGACAGAUGAUGUUCUCCACUACACUGCUCAUAGUGUUUUUCACUGUUUGGAUUUGUGGAGGAGGCACCACUCAGAUGUUGUCUUGCCAGCGCAUUCGAGUGGGUGUAGAUUCUGACCAGGAUAACUCCAUGAGUAUAGCCGAGGGUCCAGAGAGAAGAAGUACCAAACAGGAGAGUGCUUGGCUUUUUAGGAUCUGGUACAACUUUGACCAUAAUUAUCUGAAGCCUAUCUUGACUCACAGUGGGCCCCCUCUCACAGCCACGCUGCCCCCCUGCUGUGGUCCCUUGGCACGCUUCCUCACCAGUCCUCAAGCUUAUGAGAACGAGGGACAACUGAAGGAUGAUGACUCUGACCUGAUCCUCACAGAUGAUAUUAACCUGGCCUAUGGCGACAUCACAGUCAACACAGACGCUUCAGGAGUGCACACGAGCAGCGCUGGGUUUGCCAGUGGAAUGAUGUCUGAUGACCUGGACCGUGAGCUGGCCUAUGGAGACAAUGAGGUGGUGAUGAGGGGCACUCGGCUGGUACUGCCCAUGGACGACUCUGAACCCCCGCUCAAGGACCCUCACUUUUGAAUUUAAAAAGGCCGCCCUAAAGAGGCCAGUGUCCUCUAGCAAACAGUACCUGACUUCUCACUCUUCCAACUUCUAUACCAUUAGCACUUUUUCUUACUUUUCUUUUACAUUUCCACAACUUUACCAAAUUUUUUGGCAGCAGUUUUCUGUCUCUCUACCUCAUUCUUGUCCUGCUCAUUUCAUGUAUUCCAUGUGGCAUUUAUAUUAAUUUACUAUAUUUAUGGUUUUGGCAUUUAUUCCCAGUUGGCUACUCUUUGGGCGUUGGUAUCGGUCACAUUACUGUAGCAUUACAUAAAGGUUCAGCUGCAUGUGUUAGUGUGCAAAUGCAAAUACCAGCCACUAGCUGAUUUCUUUCUGUACAGUAUAUUAUAAGAGUACUAUAUCUUUGAUAUGCAUGCUGAGGAUGCUUGAGUAUGAAAACUGGGAGCCUGGGCUCUUCUGUUUUCAGAUGUUGAAUGUUGCCUUUGCUGACCCAGUCAAUGACUUUACUGUACGUUUGGUUACAAUCAAGUGCCUGGGAAUUGUAGUUUAUCUUGGCAACUCAUACCCAAGCCAGUUUAGGGUAAUUCUCCUUAUUUCUUAAAUAUGAACACACCAUUGUCUACAUAGCAAUAUACUCAGUGGUGUUUUGCUGUUACUUUGCUGUAAAUAAUAGGAUAUACAAAUGUGAGGCAGCGUAUCAGGAAAUGUGAGUCUCUCCCAAUGACCUUUGACUGUGACAUAGCGAGGGAAAAGACACUUUAUUUUUAAACAGAUGAAGCCUGCGGCAGAACAAAAGCAUGUCGUUAGGAUUCAAAAAAUACGAAAAAGAGUGCCAUUUCCAUUCUGCAUUUGUUUGUCAAUAUUGUCAAAUGUGAAUGCAGAAGUACUUCAUAUUAUUCCUAAUCAUCUGUAAUAUUUGUAGCCAAAAUAGAUUUUACUUUUUCAUUUUCUACUUCACUCCCCAAAGUAAUGUGGAAUGUGUUAAGAUGUAGACAGGUUAAAAAUGACAUAGUUUUGGAAUAAAAUACAAUGUAAUUGUUUAUACAGAAUUUUCUACAGAGAGCUGUGAACAUAGUAAUCAAACAAAAUUUUGAAUGCUGACUCUGAGCAAAAAGCCCUUUGUAGAGCGGUACAGUGACUAUCUCUUUAAGAAAUACUUAUUUCUGCUCUUUAAUUUUAGGUUUACAUGUGAACAAGAAUAAAGUAUUACCACGAAAAGGUACUGUGUAAAAACGGGAAAGGCUGUGAUCUCAUUUGGACACUCAGUAGCAGCUGUUGUUGCCGGAUGAACAGGAAACGUUGAUAGGACGUCUCUAUGGUAACACAGUGUUGAUGCAGACAGGAGCCAGGAAACAAAAGUACCACAGUGGCCCUAGUGAACACUGUGGUGUGCUGUAUGUAAAAACAAGAGUGACAUUGUGAGCGCGUGUAGUGGGCUAGACACGGAUUAUCUUCUGCUGUGCAGAAGUUGACGUGUUUUAUCAGGCUCACUCUAGACUAAAACAUUCCCCAGGAAAUUAUUUUUUACCUUUCUUUCUUUUUAAUUUAUCAAAAGAAGCGCUAAAGCUCGGGAAAUGUAAGGCUUGAUUAUUUGCACUCAUCUUCAAAGAAUGUUAUUUUUCUGUUUAAUUGUCUUAAUGUUUAUUGUACAUACCUCUUUUUUUUAAUAUGUAUAAAACAUACUCCUGUUGCUUUGCUUUAAGUUACUUUCUAAAUGAUCAGUGUUUCAUAAAGCCAUAAUUACAUUUAAGGUAAUUUGACUGUGUUAUGCUUGCGAAAAGGCUGUGUAAAUGCUUUUGUCCCAGAGAACAAGACAGGGCUGUAGCCUCAUCUGUUUUUUUCAUUACAUAAGUAUAUAACUCAAAGUAAUUCAAGUACAGUUGUGUGCACAAUUUCACACCACAUAUUUAUAUUUGCUAACAUUCGUCUGAAGUAGCUGACCAAAGAGGCCUGCUGUGCUUGGUGUUUCAGACAGUAUACCUGUACUGCAGUUAUCUUUGUAUGUGAGUGAGUCCAUGCUGAAGUAUCUGUGUGGGAGAGGGAGGGGCUUGUGCUGUGCCCCCUCUGUGUCACUGGUUGUGACUGUUUACAUAUGUGUACAUAUUUACUCACAUGUUUGUGUGUGUGCAGCAGUCAAUAAACAGAAGCCUGUGCUUUUGAUUAAA